UGGUGUGUUGUAAAUAUUUUCUAGCACACAAUAGAGACUCUGCAGUUUAUGUUAUCUUUAGUUUAUACUUAUAUGAAAAAAUUUCCAUAUGAAUUUAAAAAAAGCAUUUCUGACUGUUUAACAAUGGAAAAAGAAAAUAAACUUUGCAAGUAUUAUAUUCACAACAAUUGCAAGAAUGGAAAAGAAUGUUGCUUUGCACACGAUUUCAAAGCCAAAACUGAGAAUGUACAAGGUUCUGCCUGACAAGAGUAAUUAUAGAAGUUCAUCAUAAAUGCAAUCCAACAAUUCUCAGACAUGUAAGUUUUACUUGGCUGGUUCAUGUUUUUAUGGUAAUAAAUGUCGUUAUGACCAUGCAAAGCGGCUCUCAGUUUUGAAGCCUGCACGUGUUACUGCAGCUGUGUCCGCACCAACUACAUUAACAGUAUUAAAAGCAAAGAAAUUUGUUUCACCUGACUCAAAUAUGCCAGUUGAUGCACCAGUAUUUAUUCCAGGUAAUAAAGCCCAUAUUGGAAAAGUUGGUGAUUUUAGCACAGAUAUUUCUAAAGAUUUAAAGGUAGAUUGUUUGCAUCUAUCUUACUCUUCAAUUGUUUCAUUUAACCUUCAUUCUGAAAAUGAUAAUGGAACAUCUUAUAAAGGUGACAACAAAGAGUUACUAUGUCCUUUUGCUGCUGUGAGGGAAUGCCCUUUUGGAGAUAAAUGUGAAUACAUGCAUGGUGAUCUUUGCGAGAUGUGUGGGUUUCAGUGCUUGCAUCCAAAAGAUGAAAAUCAGCGUAAAGAGCAUGUAAAAUUUUGCGUUGCAAAACAUGAGUGCGAGAUGGAGAUAGCUUUUGCAGCUCAAAGAAGCCAAGAUGUGGCGUGCUGUAUAUGUCUGGAUAUUGUUAAGAAAAAAGCCUCUCCAAAUGAAUCUGUAUUUGGACUUUUAGAAAACUGCAAUCAUCCAUUCUGCUUAUCAUGCAUUCGUAAGUGGCGUUGUUCGUACAACCAACAACAAAGUGUAGUGAGGAGCUGUCCUAUAUGUAGAGUUACAUCUUGGUUUGUUAUUCCUAGUGAAUUUUGGAUUCAAGAUGAAAUAGAGAAAAAAGAAUUAAUUGGAAACUAUAAAGCCUAUCUAAGUACCAUAUCGUGCCGCAAUUUUGAUCAAGGAAGAGGAUGCUGUCAGUUUGGUACAAGUUGUUUUUAUAAACAUGCUCUACCUGAUGGAACUGUUGACAAAUCUAAACCAAAUAUUCGAUAUCGUGAAGAUGAUCAAGGUCAAUCAACUGCUUUGACAAAAGUUGUUCUUAGCCAGUUCUUUGAUGCAAAAGAAUCGCAAUCGUAAGAAAUAGAAUAUUGGACUUCGUGUACUAAAUUUAUAUUAAGAAUAGUUUUAUGCAUUUCUUUCUGA